GUAGAGAUAGAAAGUAAAUUAUAUUGGAGUUGCUGAUACUAAGAAAAAAAUUCAUUUCUCACUUAAAAAUAACCUUUUAAAUACAAAUUCAUAUUUGUCAUGUCGAAGCCGACAAACUUAAAGGACGCAUUGGCCAAGUGGGAGGAUCGCAAUAAACAAGCAGCCAUCACUGCCAAGGAGAUUGGACUUCAGUUCCAGUAUCCGCCGAUCGAGAAAAUGGAUCCAAUUCUCAACACUCUAACCGAGUGCCAAAAGCUCAGCUUGUCCUCAAAUAUGAUUGAGAAGAUUACUGGAAUUUCGGGAAUGAAGAACCUGAAGGUCCUGAGCCUGGCACGUAAUAAUCUUAAGACGCUCAACGGCAUAGAACCACUGGCCGAUACUCUGGAGGAAUUGUGGGUCAGCUACAACAACAUUGAGAAGAUAAAGCCCCUGGAAUCGAUGAAGGCCCUGCGGGUGUUUUACAUAUCCUUCAAUAUGAUCAAGGACUGGGCGGAGUUCAUGCGCAUGGGUGUACCACCAAACCUCGGCGAGAUCACAUUUGUGGGAAAUCCUUUGAACGAGAACAUGGACCCGUCAGCCUUCACUGCCGAGGCAGUCCGUCGUCUGCCCAACAUGAAGAAACUCGAUGGGGAGCCUGUCAUUCGUUAGGGGAAAACCAGCUUUUACGGUUGUGUUGUGUUUGAAAUAAAGGAAAGUCGAAAGUCGA